AUGUCUAAAAUCCCUAGAAAUUUCAAAUUGUUGGAGGAAUUAGAAAAAGGUGAAAAAGGUCUUGGUGCCGAGUCCAUUUCUUAUGGCUUAACGAAUCAAGAUGAUAUAACAAUGACGUACUGGAAUGGAACUAUUAUUGGCCCACCACAUUCCAACCACGAGAAUAGGAUAUACUCCUUGAAAAUCGUAUGUGAUGAGAACUAUCCUGACAAACCACCCAAAGUUCAAUUCAUCAGCAAGAUUAAUUUACCAUGUGUGGACUCAAGUGGAAAUGUCGUAGUAUCUGAAUUUGAUACUUUGAAAAACUGGAAAAGAUCAUACACCAUGGAGACUGUGUUGUUAGAGUUAAGAAAAAGCAUGGCUUCACCAAAUAACAAGAAAUUACCACAACCAGAGGAGGGAUCUACUUAUUGA